AUUAGCAGGGGCGGUACUUGCUGCAAAGCCUGGCCGAGAAAGUCUCACGGGCCCAGUCCGACGAAAUCGGAAGGAUAAGUCGGAUAAAAGUUCGAUCAAAGUGUGACAUUUGUGUUUUGAGAUGUGGAAGUUAUCCAGUUGAGAAUGCGCGGGGUGCUUAUGGCAGUGGCAGUGCUGCUAGGCGGCUGGCCCAUACAUCGGACGGUGUCUGGCUUUCAAACUGUCUCGGACUCGGAUAAAGCGGCAGAGUAUGAAAUCACCCUGCCAAGUCGUAUUGAUCAUAGGGGGCGCACCAGUCAGAUUCAUUUCAUCGACAAACGCAGUACUACUCUUUCAUGGAUAAAUAAUGUUCAGUACGAAAUGGCAGCAUUCGACCGACAAUUUAAACUUGCGUUAUCAAAAGGCAGUGAUCUGAUUGGACCGUCAUUCAAAGUGCAGCGAUUCAAAGGGAAUACCACAUGGCUUGAUGACAAGAUCGCAGACCAUCACCAUUGUUUUUAUCGUGGGCAAGUCAUGAAUGAGCCAGGGUCUGUCGUUGCAGUCAGCCUCUGCUCUGGAAUGUCUGGCGUCAUCAGGACCAAGAAUGGCACAUUUUACAUCAAGCCACAUCACACCGAACACAUUCAUCCACAGCAUCAAAAACCUCAUAUUAUUUAUAGAGAAAAAGAAAAUACUCAACAAAAAUGUCAUUCAGGGGAGGACAUCUCAUCUCAUGCCACAUCAUAUCCGUGGCUCAAAAAGAAUCUCAAUCAUACGAAUGUACGUCAUAUACGAAGGAAACGGUCGUUAGCGUGGGAAAGUAACAUCGAAACGACGGUCGUCGUUGACAGCACGAUGUUGACGUACCAUAAGGAUGAUCUCGAACAUUAUGUUUUAACACUUAUGUCAGUGGUUGCUACAUUAUACAGAGAUCCCAGUAUAUCCAAUGCAGUUAAUAUUAUUCUCACCAAAUUAGUUAUCCUAGAAAAGCCAGAGGACGGGCCAGUAAUAGGUACAAAUGCUGUGACGACCUUACGUAAUUUCUGCCGCUGGCAGCACCUUAUAAAUCAGGGCAAUGAUUCCGACCCAGAUCAUCAUGACACUGCCGUGUUAUUGACCAGGGUCAACAUCUGUAGGGCCAAUAACCAAUGUGAUACUUUGGGUUUAGCAGAUAUAGGCACAAUAUGUGAUUCCCGUCGUAGUUGCUCAAUCAUUGAAGACAGCGGCCUCAGCACAAGCUUCACCAUCGCGCACGAAUUAGGGCAUCAGCUUGGUUUACCUCAUGAUGACGAUAGCCGCUGUCAACGCUUCCCCGAACUCAGGGCACGUGUUUAUAACGUCAUGGCCGCCACGUUGGACUAUAAUACUCAUCCCUGGUCAUGGUCCAGGUGUAGUGCAUUUAUAUUGUCGGAAUUCUUAGAACAUGGUUUUGGUCGCUGUCUUCUCGACAAGCCUGUGCGUGGCGAUCAUCAUAAAAAGUUAGAGAAAGUAUUAAAAAGUCAACCAGGAGAGUCAUAUUCUGUGGAUCGGCAAUGUGAGCUAGUCUUUGGGAAUGGUGCUAGGGUAUGUCCCUUCAUGCCUGCUUGUAAGCGUCUGUGGUGUACAACAAGUGGUGGUCUUUCUCAAGGUUGCCGAUCUCGUCACAUGCCGUGGUCAGAUGGGACCAAUUGUGGAGGCACUAUGUGGUGUCAAAAAGGCGAUUGUGUUCCCCGGCAGAGCUUGAAGAUCAUUGCAGGUGGCUGGGGGCGCUGGCAGUCUUAUGGAGACUGUUCUCGUACCUGUGGCGGAGGGGUAAAGAAGUCAUUGAGAGAAUGCGAUAACCCGAGACCGAGAAAUGGUGGCAAAUACUGCAUCGGCGAAAAUGUGAAAUAUAAACCAUGUAAUAUCAAGGAGUGUCCGGACAAUGCAGAUGACCGGAUAGAGCAGUGCACCCGGUUUAACGGCAGACAUUUCAAUUUUGCCGGAUUGCCGUCAACAAUCAGCUGGGUGCCGAAAUAUGCUGGUAUCGGCCUCAAAGAUCGGUGUAAGCUGUAUUGUCAUGUUGACGGCCACCAUUUCUUCAAACUGCUGAGUAAUAAGGUGACAGAUGGGACAAAGUGCAGCCCAGAGACGACGGACAUGUGCGUCAACGGGAUGUGUCGGCGGGCUGGUUGCGACAAUCGUCUCGGCUCAGACCUCAAACGAGAUCUCUGUGGUGUGUGUGGGGGAGACAACACAACAUGUAGGGAGACGUACAAUGAAUAUCGACCAAGCAGGGUCAGAUUUGGCUACAAUACCAUUGCGAGAAUACCGAAAUAUUCCACUCGAAUUCACAUUGCUCAACACCGCCAUCGAAAUGCUAAGGAGGAUGAAAACUACAUAGCUCUAAUGAACCACCAGGGGGAGUACAUCCUUAAUGGCGGCUACGUCGUCAGCAUGUUUGCGCAGAAGAUAAAGUUUGGAGGGACGUCAAUGUAUUAUAGCGGGUCAGACCAGGCGGUGGAGACCGUCAACAGUACGUCCAUCCUGCAGAACGACCUCAUUGUCUUGGUUCUGUGUGUCGGUGCCUUGUAUCCCCCAAGCAUCAGUAUCAACUCCACUCAUUCCCUUGGCAACCAGACCACAUUCCGCUGGGAUCGCUCGGGCCUGUGGUCUAACUGUAGCCACGAGUGUCAAGGAAAGCGUCAAAGGGAGGUGAGGUGUGUACGUGAGUACGACAGGUUGCCGGUACCGGACAGGAAGUGCAACAAGAGUGCCAUCCCUUCUCCUCUGUUUGAAGAGUGCAACACAGAUUGUAACCUCGGGUGGUUUAUUCGUUCUGAGACUGAGUGCACAGCCCGAUGUGGACCUGGUCAGAUCAAACGCGAGGUUAUUUGCGGCAAACAGACUGGGAACAGUGUUGGCAAACUAGAUGAAAGUGCUUGUGAGAGAGACAGGGCUAGCAAGCCGGCUACUAUUCUGGAAUGUACGGGACCUUGCGCUGACCUGAAGUGGAAAUUUGGAGAGUGGUCUGAGUGUUCAACCACCUGCGGUGGUGGAUUCCAAUAUCGAGAUGCCACGUGCGUGGAUGACCAAGGUGUGUCAUACCCCGAUAGUGAGUGCAGCACAUCAAAGAAGAUAACGUCCCAGAACUGUCAGGAACUCCGAUGUCCUGAUUGGACUGCUUCUGACUGGUCUCAGUGUUCAACAUCCUGUGGUAAGGGCGUCCAAGAACGCAUUGUUAAAUGUCGCUCUUCUGAUGGCUAUCCUGUCAAUGACCUUGAAUGUGACGAAGACAACCGGCCUGAAGACAAACAAUCGUGCCAGGUCAAAGAAUGUCGAAAGGAAAGACCGAAGCCACCGCCAAUAACAACAACAACAACAUUGCAACCGUCUACCACAACGUCGACAACGACAACAAAGAAAUUGAUUGUGAAAUCGGCAGACAAGAUCGCGACUACCUUGUCCCCAGUUCAUAUAUCGACAUUUAGGACGACGCUGGCGAAGGUUGCUAGAGUUUACAGCUCCGUUAAAAUACAAUUGCCCUCUAUAUCUCGCAAGGUGACAAAAGCAAAGGAUAUCCUUUUGCGAAAUCCUGAGUCAACUACGGAAUGGAGGACAGGGAAUUGGAUAACAUGCUCUCGUAGCUGCGGGCGUGGUUAUCGCGAGCGCUACGUGAGUUGUCGGGACAAAAACAACGUGGCAGUGGAAGAGUCUCUGUGUGCUCACACUCAACGUCCACCAGCAGUCGAAUCAUGUCUCGUAGCCUUGUGUACAGAAUGGAGAACAGGAGACUGGGGGCAUUGCACUGUAAGCUGUGGCGGUGGUGACCAGAAGCGUAUGGUGAAAUGCAUUCAACUAGAUGAACAGUUCAACUUUAAUAGAUACACCGAUACUUGCGAGAUUGGAAAGAAACCUGUGAACCAACAAAAAUGCAAUAACAACAACUGCGUCAAUCCGAACAAUUUUGAUAUUGCGCACAUAUCGAGUAACAAUGUUGUUGGCACUAAACAUUGGAGGGUUGGCCCGUGGGGUCAGUGUUCUCGUUCAUGUGGCGGAGGGGAACAGCGUCGCCAGGUGGCCUGUUUUGAUGAGGAAGGAGCGAGCAUCGGAUGUGAUCCAAAUCAGAAGCCCGACGGCCGACGGAAGUGCAAUGAGAAUGGUUGUGCAAAUUGGAAUAAUGGAGAAUGGGGAGAGUGUUCAGUAACAUGUGGGACAGGGGCCCAGCAGCGCAUUGUGAAUUGUCAGCGACCAGAUGGGGUGAUCCUCUCGGAUGACCGCUGCAAGAUUCCUCGGCGCCCAGCAGACACACAAGAUUGUAACAUGACAAAUUGCCCACUUGUUACAAAAUGGCGGACUGGAUCUUGGUCUGCGUGCUCUGUCAAUUGCGGCCGUGGCGAGAGAUAUCGCGAUGUUCAUUGCAUUGAUGAGGAAAAGAAUCAGCUUUCAGAGAAAAUGUGCGACAAGAAAAAACCAAAGACGGUCAGAAAAUGUCACGUCACAAAGUGUCCGAGGUGGUCAAAAUCUCCCUGGAGCGAGUGUUCCAUCAGCUGUGGCGAAGGUAUGAGGUCGAGGUUGAUUGAAUGUAAACGUAGCUCUCGGGUCCUGGAUCCCAGGUACUGCGAGCAGGCGGAGAAACCAGACGAAUAUGAGAAGUGUUUUGAGGAGAGUUGUUCUACCCUGACCUGGAGAACGGGACCGUGGUCUAGGUGUUCUGUAUCUUGUAACUCCGGCAACAAGCAGCGUCUCGUCUCCUGUUUUAACCUGACGAGCAAGGAGCAAGUCACCGAUCGAUUCUGUGAUGUAAAUAACAAGCCUAAAGCCAAAAAGAAGUGUAACCAGCCGCCCUGUCCGUUUAUAUGGAGCACGGCAGAAUGGUCAGCAUGUUCCCGUACGUGCGGUGAGGGCCAACAAAGACGGAAAGUCUCGUGCCAUCGUGUGACAAAGGAGGGUUGGAUCAUCACUGACCAGGCCUCAACAAAAUGUGACACUUCGGCAAAGCCAUCCGAAUUCAGAAUAUGCAGCUAUGGACCAUGCAACUCCCCCUAUAAGUGGGACAUAAAACCAUGGAAGAAGUGUUCGGCCGAUUGUGGACUGGGCAAAGCAAAACGUAAAGUUUAUUGCGUGAAUGGCGACGGGAAGAAACAAAGCCGGCGAAGAUGUGGCGGCUCAAAGCAUCGUCCCGAUCGAUCAAAGCUCUGUUAUCUUAGACCUUGUUACGCCAACUCCUGUAAAGAACUUCGCUCAAUGACGUCAAUACGCCAAGACGGCCACUACCGUUUGAUCAUUCAGGGACAUUUAGCUGAGGUUUAUUGUAAGGGUAUGAAAAGGUCUGGACCAAUAGAAUAUAUAUCAUUAAAAGCUGGAUGGGAGGGCAACUAUGCCGAGGUCUACGGUAAAAGGUUGCUAAAUUAUAGUUCUUGUCCAUACAAUGGUGCUCGUAACAUUAACUGUGAUUGUGCAAAGUCGGAGUACACGCGGUCCGGAUUCACUGGAUAUUCUAAAGUGCGGCUGGAUCUAAAAACGAUGAGAUUAAUUACCUCUGAUUUUACAUUCACAUCAACCAAAGGGGCCAAUCAGAUUGCAUACGGUACAGCUGGAGACUGCUACAGCACACAGAAAUGUCCUCAGGGCAAAUUCAAGAUCAAUCUAACAGGUACAAACUUUGCUGUGUCAGACCGUACUCGGUGGCAAGGAGUAGGCUACAAACCAACGGUCCGAAUUUCAGCAUUCAAGGGUCAUCGAAUAAUCGAAGGCACUUGUGGUGGCUAUUGCGGCCACUGCUCCCUCGAUCCAACAACGGGCCUAAUGGUACAGGUCGUGCCGUGAUCAUGUCACCAUGCCCCCGCGGGCUCUAUGGUAUUGGAGGUGCUAUGUGAUAUCUGUGAUAAAAAAGUAGAGAGUGGCGAUCGUUAGCCUACGGGUCAGGUGAAUUUGGCGCUGGUGCAGGCUCUCCAAGGAUGUCGAUCAGCAGGAAAUGGACCCUCUUCUCCGCAAGGGAGUUGCAACUGGAAAGAGCAGGAUUGGUUGGCAAUCGUCUCGAAUAUCUCUGGCGCAGCUGCAUGAGAUUGGAUCAUAGACGCUGGGACGAGGACUACUCUCUGAGGACUAGCCUUACGCCUUGAACUGGUCAAUAGCCCAAGCCAUGGCUUUGAUAAUCAGGUUACAUUGCCAGGUUUUUCAGGAGGGAAUCUUAUCAGAAGAUGCUGCAUACAUAAGAGGUCAAUAUACAAGUGUUGUACCUUGUCAUGAUUAUGAUUUAACAGAACGCACAAGGAAAAUCAAUUGUAGAUUUUGUACUCAGGAAAUUUUGUAGGCAUUUAAACUCUGUUAGGUUAUGCUUGAAGCUGACAUUUCUUUUUUUUAGCUCACCUCUUAGCAGAGGUGAGCUUAUCCCAUACCGUGGCGUCCGUCGUCCGUCGUCGUCGUCGUCGUCGUCGUCGUCGUCGUCGUCGUCGUCCGUCGUCCGUUAGCAGGGCACGUUUCGUAACUGUU